AUGGAGGUUAGUCUUCAGAUCAGAUCACAUCUUGAUUACGCUACAGCCGGCCCCCGAGGACCAUGCAGGCGCAAGGCCACCGUCCUCUCUACCACUCUUACAUAUUUUCGAAGGAAGCUACUAACACCUGUUCUCCAGGGCGUCAAACAGGUAAAGCGUACCUCCCUGAACGCGCGCUUUCUCUUCCUCGCCCCGCCCUCCCUCGAAGAGCUGGAACGCCGACUGCGGAACCGAGGUACCGAGACGGAGGAGAGUAUCCGGAAACGGGUGGCGCAGGCGGAGAAGGAAUUGGAGUUUGCGAGGACGGAGGGGAGCCAUGAUAAGGUGGUUGUGAAUGAUGAUUUGGAUCGGGCGUAUGCCGAGAUGGAGGAGUGGAUUAUGGGUGGGGAUGAGGCGUUGAGGAGGUGA